AGGGAAAAAAUGUUUCCAUAAUUUGUCGCAAUGAAGAAAGUUCGACAAAAUAAAAAUCCACCUCAGUCUAACGGAUAAAAAUUUCGAUCUUUAGAAAUUGCCGUUUGCAUUACACAUGUCGCAAUGAUUUUAUUUAUUUUUGUUUUUGCGACAUUUCUUUUGUCGAAUAAACCUGGGUCAAUGGACACCGUCCUACUGUCCUAGUGUUAUGUCAGGUUAUCUAUUCGUUAUUUAACGUAAUGAAAUUGACAUGAACACACGCUUUGUACAUAAGCUAUAUCCAGACAGAUCUCCAGUCUCUGCGUUUCCAGAGCUCCCCCUCCACCCCCCUUUAAACCCAACCCACACUGAUGGAGACAGAGCGGGAAGCCGACCUCCUGGAAGAGGAACCUCCUCAGGAGAAUGGGGUCAUCCAGAGCACCCAGGGCCUGUACAGCUCCACCUCCCCUCCGGCCUCAGACGACGAGCCUUUCUCCACAUACUUUGAGGAGAAGGUGCCCAUUCCAGAGGAUGUCACCCAGGUGUUCAGUUUCCGUAAACUCUGGGCCUUUACGGGACCUGGUUUCUUGAUGAGCAUCGCCUAUCUUGACCCAGGGAACAUUGAGUCCGACCUGCAGUCUGGAGCUAAAGCUGGCUUUAAGCUCCUGUGGGUGUUGUUGGGGGCCACCAUCAUCGGCCUCCUCCUGCAGAGACUGGCUGCGCGCCUGGGGGUUGUCACAGGGAUGCACCUCGCAGAGGUCUGCAACCGCCAGUACCCCACUGUUCCUCGUAUUAUCCUGUGGCUGAUGGUGGAGCUGGCCAUCAUCGGCUCAGACAUGCAGGAGGUCAUUGGCUGUGCCAUCGCCUUCAACCUCCUCUCUAUGGGCAGGAUUCCACUUUGGGGAGGUGUCCUCAUCACCAUCAUUGACACUUUUGUGUUCCUUUUUCUAGAUAAAUAUGGCUUGAGGAAACUUGAAGCCUUCUUUGGGUUUCUCAUCACCAUCAUGGCUGUAAGCUUUGGAUAUGAGUAUGUGAUGGUGCGUCCGGACCAGGGGGAGCUGCUGAAGGGGAUGUUUCUGCCGUACUGUGAGAACUGUGAUUCUGCCCAGAUGGAGCAGGCUGUGGGCAUCGUAGGAGCGGUCAUCAUGCCCCACAACAUCUACCUGCACUCUGCCCUCGUCAAGUCUCGGCAAAUAGAUCGUGGGAACAAGAAGGAGGUGAAGGAGGCCAACAAAUACUACUUCAUCGAGUCAACUAUUGCUCUCUUCAUCUCCUUCCUCAUCAACGUCUUUGUUGUAGCAGUGUUUGCUGAGGCCUUCUACGACAAAACCAACAUUGAGGUGAAUGCAAAAUGCAAUGCAUCAGGCAGUCCUCACACAGACCUCUUCCCUCUGGACAACAGCACGCUACAGGUGGACAUCUUCAAAGGGGGUGUGGUGCUGGGUUGUUUCUUUGGCCCUGCGGCCCUCUACAUUUGGGCCAUCGGGAUCCUGGCUGCCGGACAGAGCUCCACCAUGACAGGCACUUACUCUGGCCAGUUUGUCAUGGAGGGUUUCCUGAACCUGCGUUGGUCCCGUUUUGCCCGGGUGCUUCUCACCCGCUCCAUCGCAAUCUUCCCCACCCUGCUGGUGGCCAUCUUUCAGGACGUACAGCACCUAACGGGCAUGAACGACUUCCUCAACGUAUUGCAGAGCAUGCAGCUGCCGUUUGCUCUGAUCCCCAUCCUGACCUUCACCAGUCUGACAUCCAUCAUGGAUGACUUUGCUAAUGGACUGGUGUGGAAGAUUGGCGGAGGGGUGGUCAUCCUGGUGGUCUGUGCCAUAAACAUGUACUUUGUGGUGGUCUACGUGACCAGCCUGAACAGUGUGGCGCUCUACGUGCUGGUGGCCUUGCUCUGCAUAGCCUACCUAAGCUUUGUGUGCUACCUGGCGUGGCAGUGUCUGAUAGCCCUCGGUGUGUCCUGUCUGGACGUGUCCUGUCUGGGCAACAGGAUGAGGCUGACGGGCCACACAGACGUUUACCUGUUGAAUGACAUGGACAGCAACACGAUGGUGGAGAGAUAAGGAGGCCAUGUUGGAGGGGUGGAUAUUAGCAGUGGUAAAGUCAGUAGCUAGACAGGGGUGACCUAACAUGGUGGAGGCUCCUUCUUUGCCUUGGUGCCAACGAGACCUUUGUAAGUGCCCUUCGUCAUCAUCUAUCCCUUACAAGAAGCCUUGAACCCCUCACUUGACAUUCCACUAACUAUGAUUGGCAUCUUAAAGUUAGUACCAAUGAGUUGUUGGUUUUUAUCAUGUUGAGCAUGCUUUUAAAAUUCUGCAAGUACGCCGGCCAUUUCUCAGGUCAGCAUUUCCAUAUGACUUUGAAACGCUGUUAUAAUUUUAGAUGGGAAAUACACAGUAUGUAUUACACAGUUUGUUUGUUUGUCCUCCAAUUAAUAAGCAUGUACAGUAGCAGUCAAAAGUUUGGACACCUACUCAUUCCAGGGUUUUUCUUUAUUUUUACUAUUUUCUAUAUUGUAGAAUAAUAGAGGACAUCAAAACUAUGAAAUAACACAUAUGGAAUCAUGCAGUAACCAAAAACAAAUCUAAAUUUGUUAUAUUUUAGAUUAUUCAAAGUAGCCACACUUUGCCUUGAUGACAGCUUUGCAUGCUCUUGGCAUUCUCUCAACCAGCUUCAUGAGGUAGUCACCUGGAAUGCAUUUCAAUUAACAGGUGUGCCUUGUUAAAAGUUCAUUAGUUAAAUUUCUUCUUAAUGCGUUUAAGCCAAUCAGUUGUGUUGUGACAAGGUAGGGGUGGUGUACAGCAGAUAGCCCCAUUUGGUAAAAGACCAAGUCCAUAUUAUGGCAAGAACAGCUCAAAUAAGCAAAAAAAAAAUGACAGUCCAUCAUUACUUUAAGACAUGAAGGUCCGUCAAUCUGGAAAAUGUCAAGAACUUUGAAAGUUCCUUCAAGUGCAGUCGCAAAAACCAUCAAGCGCAAUGAUGAAACUGGCACUCGUGAGGACCGUCACACAAAAGGAAAACGCAAAAUUACCUCUGCUGCAGAGGAUAAGUUCAUUUGAGUUACCAGCCUCAGAAAUUGCAUCCCAAAUAAAUGCUUCACAGUGUUCAAGUAACACACAUCAACAUCAACUGUUCAGAGGAAACUGCGUGAAUCAGGCCUUCAUGGUCAAAUUGAUGCAAAGAAACCACUACAAAAGGACACCAAUAAGAAGAAACUUGCUUGGACCAAGAAACACGCACAAUGGCCAUUAGACCUGUGGAAAUCUGUCCUUUGGUCUGAUGAGUCCAAAUUUGUGGGGGGGUUUUUCAACCAUGUCUUUGUGAGACACAGAUUAGGUGAAGGAGGGUGAUGGAGUGCUGCAUCAGGUGACCUGGCCUCCACAAUCACCUGACUUCAACCCAAUUGAGAUGGUUUGAGAAGAGUUGGACCACAGAGUGAAGGAUAAGCAGCCAAAAAGUGCUCAGCAUAUGUGGGAACUCCUUCAAGACUGUUGAAAAAGCAUUCCAGGUGAAGCUGGUUGAGAGAAUGCCAAGCAUGUGCAAAGCUGUCAAGGCAAUGGGUGGCUACUUUGAUGAAUCUCAAAUAUAACAUUUUGAUUUAACACUUUUUUGGUUACUACAUGGUUCCAUGUGUUAUUUCAUAUUUUUGAUGUCUAAACUAUUAUUCUACAAUGUAGAAAAUAGUACAAAUUAAAUAAAAUGGUAAAAAUAAAAAACCCUAAAUAAGGUGUCAACUUUUGACUGGUACUAUAUGUUGUAGAUUUUUUUUAUUUAUGAGAACAAAUAACUUCACUUUGGUAAGAAUUGAGAAGAUAUAUAAUACUUAAAGGGCCAAGUUGCUACAUAAAUUGUUUUGCAUAUAAAUUAAUAUACACAGUGUAUAAAACAUUAGGAACACCUGCUCUCUCCUUGUGGAGUCCAUGCCCCAACGAAUUGAUGCUGUUCUGAAGGAAAAGGGGGGUGCAACUCAAUAUUAGGAAGGUGUUCCUAAUGUUUUAUGCACUCAGUGUAUGUUGAUUCUUGAGGAAUAUUGUUUCUUAGAAAUGCCUCAUGAGUUUAAUUCAACUGGUAUACCCCAUCAGAACCAAAAAUAUAAGCUUGUUUUACUGCAAUGUCUGGAAACAUUGUAAAUGUAAACAAACUCUAUAUCUUCGACACAUGCUUAAAGCUAUCAUUUUGAUAUCUUGGAAGGUCAGAGGUUGCUUUCAUAGCUCGGUCUAUGAAUUUGCGUUACAUUUCUCCAGGCCCAUACCUCAGCUUUUUACAAAACACAGGUGGGGUGACGGCAUUGUUAUUAACGUCUUUUUAUUUUUUAACUUCCUAACCUAAUUGGUCAGGCACUUGGAAUAUAUUGGCCACCAUUUUUAUUUAUUUUCAAAAGAUAUGCAUGCAGAUGCACCCACUGCCCUGCUUAAACUGGGACAGGGGUGCUCAAAAUAAUUAUACAUUUUAUCAAAUGCAAUUUCACACCCAAGGCACAAAUAGAUAUAUUGGGUGUACUCAUUGAAAAUCUGUAUAAUUUGACCCUUUUACUAAUUUCCUGCUAUUGUGGUCAAAGCACCGCAGUAAAACUGUUGAAUCAAAACCCUCGUCAUGCCCAAAUUAUCCCAUUACCUGAGGAUCAGUUAAGGACGAUGUGAUACUAACCUUUGUGUAAGCCAUUGUUUUUAACAGAACUCUACCCAUUGAAAUUCCGUUAGUGUAAGUUGUCUCCAAAGCCCAUAACAAAUUAAAGAUGUAGGCCUUUUCUGCUGCUUGGCGCUGUCUGAAGUCAGGUGUCACUGCUAAAUACAGUUCCUGAUGACAAUAUGAAUCAACCAUGACACAAUAGUGAUCAAUGUUGUUUCCAUCUGAUAUUGAGUGUAGAUCAUAAAUAUAAGGUCUCUGCCUGGCCACCACUUUAGUCAAGUUAUUACUCUGGAUUGUUUUGUCAUUCUAACAGGAAUCAUCCACUGUAAGGUAUAUAGUUAAACUGAUUUUAUGUACUGUAGAAAGCCAGGUCAGUACUCGUAAUUUGUCAAUUGUAACAAUCAAGUAGAUAUUUUGACUAGUGUAUUUUUGUAUAUAUUUUAAGGAAAACCAAAGUAACAGUUUGGAUGUUACAAGUUGAAUGUACCAUACAUUUUGUAUGAAUAAAAGUACAAGUUAUGCUCAGAAAAA